CUCUUCAAAAGAUCUAAUUCUUCGCGGUACCGGGCGAAGUCUAGCGCCAUGGAAUUGAUUGAAGUCCCUACAGUGCAAUCAGCCAUUUGCACUCAUCAUUCUGAAUGGCUUCAAACUACUAUAUCAGGUGUGCAUGAGAAAAUGGAGGCCAUUCUGAAUCAAUUGGAAGAAGAUGUUUCUCCACUGCAAAAUUCUGAAAUAUAUGCGAAAGUAAAAGUGACAAUCACAAGAGCAGUUGAAGAGCUCUGUGUAUCUUACCGUUCCUUAGCAGAGAAAUAUGAGCGCGUGAAAUGUGUUGCAAUGGAUGUCCAAAGUUCAGAAUCAUCACCUGCUUCGGAUAAUAGAAACAUGAAAAACAUGGAAGUCUUGGGAGCACGGGAUGUUUCUCAGUUAGAGGCUAUUGUUUUCUAUCCCGAAUCCACUGUGGAAGAUGCUGAUAUUGAAUGUGAAGCCACUAUGAUUGACCUUGAACAUAACCAGAGAGUUGAAAAUAACUUAGAACACAAAGAUGGAGGCGGGAUUAAGCCAAAAUUUGCCUGGUCUGAUGGAGUGAAUUACAAAUUUUCAAAGCUGGUUGAAGAAAACACACAGUUGCAGAUUGAGUUGAUCAGAAGAAACUCUGAGAAAAGAGAGACCAUCAGAAAUCUUCAGGAUCAGGUCAGCAGACUGAGGGUUGAAAAUGACACCCUGCAACGUACUCUAAGUUACUUAGAUCGUAACCAACAGAACCUCCAAGUGAAUUCUCCAAGGAGGAAAGCAAUACUUCUAGAAAAGCUUUUCAAAGGGUGUUCUCCAUAA